CCAAUGUAUCAUUAAACCGGCACCAGGAUUGCUAUAAAGCGGGAAGUAAUAAGCUCAACAGCUUUCCAUCGCCUCCUUCGUUUUAAUUCUCAAUUUGUCAGUUUGCAGAAACUAAAUAGACACAAAUGGCGGAAUCUGAAGUGGAAGAACUGACACUACUGGUUCCAGAUGACGAUAAAAAGCUAAAGUAUUUAGAUUUCGUUCAAGCAGCGGCAGUUUACGUUUUAGCUUGUUUCUCAAGCAUAUACGAAUAUGCCAAAGAAAACUCCGGCCCACUAAAACCGGGUGUCAAGACCGUCGAAGCCACAGUCAAGACCGUUAUCGGUCCAGUUUACGACAAGUUUCGCGAUAUUCCUUUUGAACUUUUCAAAUUCGUCGAUCGGAAGAUUGAAAACUUUUUGGGAGAGUUAGGCAGGCUUGUGCCAUCAUUAGUGAAACAUGCAUCAAACCAAGCUCGAUCCGUGGCUUGUGAAGUUCAGCGCGCGGGAGUGGUGGAUGCAGCAAAGAAUAUAGCGAAGAGGGUGUAUGAAAUGUAUGAGCCGAUGGCUUGGGAGUUGUACUGUAUGUAUGAGCCGGUUGCUGAGCAUUAUGCAGUGUCGGUUUGGCGGUGUUUGAAUAGGCUUCCAUUGUUUCCUCAAGCGGCUCAGAUUGCAGUCCCCACUGCUGCUUACUGGUCUGAGAAAUAUAAUGAGAUCGUCUGUUAUACGGCUGACAGAGGUUAUCCUGCGGCGGCGUAUUUGCCUUUGAUUCCUAUUGAGUGGAUUGCUAAGGUGUUUGAUGGAGGGGUAAAUGGGCCUACUAUUUCUUCCAACGGUGAAGCAGUGACGGAGCUAUGAGACUUGCUCAAUUUUGAUUUUAGUUUUAUUUAAUGCCGACGCUGGGUUGAGUUCAGUUUCAGAUUACAUUUAAUGGAGGGUCUCUUUGUGACCUGCAUCUUUUAUGGGAGUAGUUGUUUUUGGCAUUUGAUAACUAAGCCAAGGGCAAGUGAAUAAUCUUCAAACUAGAAGAGAAAUGAAUGAUUGUAUAGCAAAUUAAUUUUGAAAAACUAAUUCAAGCUUUCGUGAAAUCA